AUGGACUUUUGCAUCUUCUCAAUGGCUUUCCCUUGCCAUUUGUUGAACUUUUGGAGAAGUCCAAUCCUCUUGUGGCAGCCACAACAGAGGGGUUCAUCCUUGGAGCCUCAUACUCCUCAAAGUAGUAGCACUCAGGCUCACCCAAAUCCGCACUCUCCUGCCUCACUCAUCUCAGCUGACUCAGCUCGAUCCUCAGCUCGAUCGAGCUCAGGCUCCUCUUCUCGCAAAUCCGCUUCAUGCCCAACUAAUGUGUACACAGGGGGUCUGAAGUCAAUGUUCUCACCUCCUAGACCGUGGUGA